AUCAUGACCUGAACACAUCAAAAAUAUUAUAGCAGCUAAAUAACUGGCUAAAAAAAUGUGGAAACUUCAGGUUUUGGUCGUGCACAUUUUGCUGCUUGGCUGCAUCAUGAACAUCUAUUUUCAAUCAACAAUUGUGGAGAAUCUGGAGCCGCAGAAGACACUGCCAGAGUUGGGCCUGAAGCCGCCUGCCGAUCGAUUGGUUGUAUUCAUUGCCGAUGGCCUGCGUGCAGAGUCGUUCUUUGAGGGUAACUGCAGCGGGGUGCCACACAUUCGCCAGCUGUUCGAGCAGCAAGGUGUGGUCGGUAUAUCCAGUGGCAUUGCACCCACAAUGAGUCGUCCCGGACAUAUUGCCAUUUUUGCUGGCUUCAAUGAGGAUCCCCAGGCGGCCAUCACGAACUUCAUGUGGAAUCCCACGCCCUUUGACUCGGUAUUCAAUCGCAGCCGCAUUUCCAUUGGAUGGGUGCACAAAACGGUCGCCGAUUACUUCACCCGCUCCCGCGGCGAGCCGCCACGAUUCGAAACUUAUCGUGCAACGGAUUUCACUGGAAGAUUUAUGACCGAUACCUGGGUGUACGAGAAGGCCCGCGACUUUCUGACCAACGACGAGAAUGUCCGACAACUGCAAAAUGCCACACAGCUGGUGUUUCUGGUGUAUUUGUUUGAUCUGGACAAGGCGGGUCAUGUUUUCACGCCGCUGCAGCCAGAGUUCCGGGAGAGGCUGCAUGAAACACAGAAGAAAAUUCGACAGACUUACGAGCUCUUCGAGAGCGCCUUCAACGACAAUCGCACGGCAUAUCUGAUGACAUCUGAUCACGGCAUGUCCGAUACGGGCUACCAUGGCGGAGGAACUGAUUCGGAAAUCGAAAUGCCCUUCUACCUAUGGGGUGCUGGGGUCAAGCGCCAGGGACCCCCCACCGAGCAUAACUUCACAGCCAACGAGCAGGGGCUGCAGUUGCCGCUGCAGGAACUCAACCAGAUUCAACUGGCGCCGCUCAUGUCAGCGCUGAUUGGCCUGCCGCCACCCAUAAACAACCGAGCCCCACUGCCCCUGGGCUUCCUCGAUGUCAGCGAAGAGUACGAGCGGCAGGCGUUGCUGCUGAAUGUGCUGCAACUGCUGUCACAGGCCAAGAGCGUGAUGCUGCGCCAUGAGCGCAGCUUCUUCCACAAAUGGAUGCCAAAGUAUGAGAAACUGGACUCGGCACGGAUCGCCAGUCUUUCCACCGAAGUGGAGCAACUAAUAGCGGCAGGGUAUGUCCAAAAAGCCAUGCAACUGCUCCAGCAAACGUCCUGGCGUGCACGGCAGUGCCUGGAGUACUACCAGGACUACUAUCAAACCCCUUUGCUGGUGGCCGUGUGUGCCUCGUUUCUGGGUUGGCUCUUCUGUCUGGCGAUGUGGCUGAUGCGCGAAUUCCCAGCCCAGAAUCCGCAGCCAAAGAUGGGACUCCGAACAUGGAUGACGGCUCUGAUGGUCCUGCUGGGAAUGGUGCUUGGAUGUGUGUUGCUCCUGCAGCGGGUGCCCUGCAUGACGGCCUUUUAUCUGCUGCUGCCCAUCGGCAUCUGGACGAUGGCUCUGGCCGAACGCCCGCUGCAUGGCCCGUCCAUUCCCUACCCACUGACACACUUGACCUGGACAGUGAUUCCCGCUGGAUUGGUGGUCACGACAUCGUUCAUGAACAGCCACGUCGGUCUGCUGUACGCCGGGGUUGUGAUUGCCUACAAUCGGCGCGGAUUCCGUCGACCCACGCUCAAGUUGUUCAUCUGGCUGGUCGCCGUGCUGCUCCCCAGUGGCUUUCUGAUGCUCAAACAAAACUCUAGAUUUCAGUUGAUACCCAGCGAAUAUGCUCUGGGGUGCAGCAUGUGUCUGGCCGUGUUCCUGCCAUGGCUCUUGGGACACAAGCAUCCGCUGCACGUCUGGCUGAUCAAUUCGAGCAUUCUACUGAUUGGAAUCUACGGCAUUUAUCUCUCCGAAAACAACCUGGAGGUUACACUGUACUUACAGGUCGCCUUCUGGGCCUUCCUGUGCUACGCAUUUGUGUCGGUGCCAUACAGCAAUGCCAAUACCCCUUUAAGCCGCCUGCAUUUGGUUUCCUUCAAUUUGAUUGUGGUUCAUGCUCUGCUCUCCCUCUCAACGGGCUCGCUCUUCAAUCAAAUGAUGAUUGCAGAGUUUAUGCUGGGCCAGGAAGUUCAUUCCGAGAUCAGUAAGCCCAAGGAAAAUGCAAUAGAAGAAGCGGAUGAACCUGAACCCGAGGCAAGCCAUGACGAAACUGUACAGAAGACUGAAGAAAAGCCCUCAACUCCAUUGGAACACCUGAAGCUAUCCUAUCACUAUGCCGCCUUCAUUCUGUUCUACUUUUACCUCUCCUUUUUCGGAUCCGGACACUGGCUAUUCAGUUUCGCCUUCCGUCCGACAACUUCGCGCCUGCUGAUCUCCAACUAUUCCCCAUUCGUAAUGACCGCUCUCAUCAUAUUCAAGAUUCUGAUUCCCUCCAUUAUCAUCAUGUCGGGCGUGUACACUUUCUCCGCAUACGCUCGAAAGUACAGCCGUGCCAUUUUCAUCUGCAUGUUCCUGAUCAGCGAUGUCAUGUGUUUGUAUUUCUGUUUCUAUGUGCAGAACCAAGGCUCCUGGCGGGACAUUCGCCGCUCUAUGGAUCAUGUUGUCUUGACCAACGUUAUUGUGAUUUUGCUGCUGAUCUGUUCCUGUUUUAUCAAGUCCAUUCUCAUUGCCAUCAAGGCCCCUAAAGCAAAGCCACCCAUCGUGGUGCAGGAGAUUAUGGAGGGAAACCCUGUUGCCCCCACUUAUCCACAGCUUGAUGCUGAAGAGAGCCAAGCCUAAGGGUUCUCUCUUCAAAUUUGGAUAAUGCAACGAAAUUAUUGUU